CUUGAGCUGCUAGUGCACACGGUGCAGGGGAGAAGUUGUGGGAAAGUAAACAGCAGAGGAGAAUUCCAAUCUGCUUUCAGCCACUCGCAGCCCUCGCAGGAGACUAUAAAGAUGAGUGUGCUGGACCCGGCAGUGUGGUAAAAACUGAGAGUUUAUGGGAGGUUACCAGGAUUAAAGGGUCACCAGGGAGUGCCUGAAGCUUCUCGGAGGACACACUACUGAGCACAAGGAGGGAUUAUGUCUACUGUGAUGUCUCAGCAGCUGCCAAAGGAGGACGAAGAGGAGGAAGAUGAGGAGCAAGGGGAAGAGUUUGUGUUUGAGGACAGCACGGAUGAGGAGAAACUCCAGGAGGACAGUAAAGGGAUCAGCUCUGACUCUAGGCCUGCCCAGCUGUCAACAAAGGAGGGCAGUGAGACGUCAGACAGUGCUGCACAAACAGGCACAGACAGCACUCCACAUGUCAGAAGUUCGCCUCCUGCCGGACAGGAGGGUAUCAGCACCAAGGAUGUGGCUUCAAUUUCUACACCAGAUGUUCCAGUUAAUGAAUCACCCGACUGGGUCUCAGCAGCAGCAGCAGCCGGGCCCAGUACCUCAGCUCCUUCUGUGGGAGAGGAGCUCCGGGGUCCCCCUGCGGUGCAGCCAGCCGCGGAGACGCCGACUUAUUCCAGAGACCACAGCAAAGAAAUUGUGAAGGAAAACUCCACCUCCAGGGAUACCUCUGAAGCUGUGUGUGUGGCAGAAGCUCAGCCGCAGACGGUGGAGGCUUCAGAGGUGAUCUAUGAUGAUGUUCCAAGCGAGGACCCCCUCUCUCCCGAUGAAGAUAUGAUAUAUGAAGAUGUUCAGAGAGACAGUGGUCCUGUGGAUGCAAACAACGGAUGGAGCUCCAGUGAGUUUGAAAGCUACGACGAGCAGUCUGAUAACGAGACCAAACUGCCCACACGGAGCAAGCUCUCUCCUGAAGUGCGUCGGCUGAGGGAACGGUGCGCCAAGACCAAACGUGAACUGGCCAUGAGGCUGUCUGGCAAGCACAACUAUGACAUCAAGGUUCAGCAGCUCAUGAAGGCGGCGAGAAGCGGAACAAAGGAUGGGCUCGAAAAGACCAAAAUAGCCGUCAUGCGAAAAGUUUCCUUCCUGCAGAGAAAAGAUCAAUUGGAAGAGGAGGAUGAUGCAGGAUACCUGGAUGUGGCUGUGUCAGAAGAGAAGCAUCCUCCCCCACAGCUGAGCCCUAUGCCAGAGGGGCUGACCAGCCACCAGGUUGUCAGGCGCCAUAUCCUUGGCUCCAUCAUUCAGAGCGAGCGGAGCUACCUGGAGUCUCUUAGGAGAAUCUUGCAGGAAUACCACAGACCAUUGAUGGAAGCUGAUCCACGCAUCCUGAGUCCAAGGAAGAUCCAGCCUAUAUUUUACCGAAUCAGGGAGAUCACACAGUGCCACUCCAUGUUCCAGAUUGCACUGGCGUCACGUGUGGCUGAAUGGGACAGCAGUGAGAAAAUUGGAGACUUAUUUGUUGCCUCGUUUUCCAAGUCCAUGGUGCUGGAUGUGUACAGUGAUUACGUGAACAACUUCACCAAUGCCAUGGCUCUCAUUAAAAAGGCAUGCAUGUCCAAACCAGCUUUUCUGGAAUUCUUAAAGAAGAAGCAGGCAUCUAGUGUUGACCGGAUCACUCUGUAUGGCCUGAUGGUUAAGCCCAUUCAACGAUUCCCUCAGUUCAUAUUGCUCCUGCAGGACAUGCUUAAGAAUACGCCGAAGGGCCACGUGGACCGUCUGCCCCUGCAGCUCGCUCUGACAGAGCUGGAGAUGCUCGCUGAGAAGCUGAAUGAACAGAAACGAGUUGCUGACCAGAUUGCAGAGACUCAACAACUAGCCCGCAGCGUCAGUGAUCGCCUGCUCAGUAAGCAACUGAACUUGGAGCAGGGGUCACUGGUCCUUUGUGAGACGCUCAUUGAGACUGUGUAUGGCGAGCGGGGACAAGUCCUGAAGUCGAAGGAGAGAAAGGUCUUCCUCUUUGAUAAUGUGCUCAUCUGUGCCAACAUAAAUGUCAAGGGGCCUCCAGAUAUCAGCAGCCUGGUCCCUGUCGGCCCCAAGUACACCAUGAAGUGGAGCGCCCCCUUACAGCAGGUGCAAGUCGUAGAGGUGGGCCAGGAGGGCUCUCAAAUCAAAGACACCUUAUUCCAACAGAGUGGGGCCAAGCGGCCAAGUGGUGCCUGCACUUCAGGUAAAGCGAUACUGGGCCCUCCAAGGCUCUACCAAGAGCUGCAAGAACUGCAACAUGACCUUUCUGUCGUGGAAGAGGUCACGCUCCUUGUGGGCACGCUACAGGGGAUGUACCAGAACCUGAACACCACUGUGGCCCAGGACUGGUGUCUGGCUCUGCAGAGGCUUAUUCGCAUCAAAGAAGAACAGAUCCAGAGUGCUAACAAAUGUCGCUUACGCCUGCAGGUGCCUGGCAGGCCAGACAAGUCAGGGCGUCCUGUCAGUUUCAUGGUGGUCCUCAACACUCCCAACCCCCUGAGUAAGAUCUCCUGGGUCAACCGUCUGCACUUGGCCAAGAUUGCACUACGAGAGGAGAAUUCACCGGGCUGGCUGUGUGGAGAGGACGAAGGGAAGACGAUGGCCCCGUUUUGGUGUCCGCUGCUUGCCUGUCACAUGCCUGUCUUUGCCACGAAGUCACCAGAGAGAAAGCUCGAAGCUGCCCUCCACAAUCCUGUUCACUGUGCAGUGUUGGGCUUCUCUGCAGCGAGCACCUCCUUACCGCAAGGCUACCUCUGGGUGGCUGGCGGAGGAGAAGCUUCCCAGGGGCACAUAGAGAUAUUUUCCCUCAACAGGCCCAUGCCAAGGGCUGUAAAGAGCCUGCAGGUCGGCUCUGCUGUCCGAUGUCUGGAAUAUGUGCCAGAACCUUCUCCCAGUGAGGAAGUGGAGGCUGGAGUUCACAAGGCCCCCUCAGGGAUCGGCGCUAAUAUUUGUGUUGGCUCAGACGAUGGGCGCGUACUGGUCUACGGCAGUGUGGACACUGCAGCACAAUGUCUAUUGACCCUCCAUAACCCAGAGGGCUGCCCUGUGCUGUGCCUGAAGCACUCCUCUGGCUUCCUGUUUGCAGGCCUGCGGAACGGGACCAUGAUGGUUUAUGGAAAAAGAAACAGUGACGACCUUUGGGACCCUGACUCCUGCAGAUGUGUAAGCCUGGGCUCAGAACCAGUGCGAACACUGUUGGUGUUAGAUGACUCAGUGUGGGCAAGCUGCGGGAACUCUGUCACAGUCGUGGACAUCUCCAGCCUCACCACUCAGAAAUUUGAAGUCCAUCCAGACCCCAUGAUCAGCGUCGCACACAUGGCGUGUGCCGGCGGAGGGGUGUGGAUGGCAUUCUCCGAGGGUUCCUCCAUUCGUCUCUUUCAUACUGAAACACUGGAGCUUCUGCAGGAAAUCAACAUCUCAACACGCUCAACGCUGCUGAACACCGGUCAAAAGAGCAUGCGAGUCACAAGUCUCCUAAUUUGCCAGGGGCUGUUAUGGGUGGGAACUGCCCAAGGCUUAAUUAUCACUCUUCCAGUUCCCAAACUGGAGGGCAUCCCCAAAAUAACAGGAAAGGGAAUGAUCUCUCUAAAUGCCCACUGUGGGCCCGUGGACUUCCUGGUUGCCACCACCAGCACUCUGUCUCCCGAACUGCUGAAGAGGGACUCUGUCGUGGACGGCCCAGACUCUGCCUGUGGAGGCGAGGACCGCAGCGACACCUCCUCUCAGGAAUCCCUGCAACAGUCCAGCUCCUACCAGGGCGAGGGGCGAGGCAAAGGACGCGGCGUUCUGCUGCAGUACAAGCUGCGCUCCACGUCAGGACUGCCCGGACGGCCGCUGACGGCGCUGGGCGACGAGGCGUCGGACUCCUCCCUGGAGUCUUUGGAGCACAGCGUGGAAGAUGGAUCUAUCUAUGAGCUCAGCGAUGACCCAGAAAUGUGGGUUCGGGGACGUCCUUGUGAGAGGGACGGGGGACGCAGGGACAGGGUGAUCUCUGCAGCAGUUAUCUCUGGAGGCAAGGGCUUCCGCAGACUGAAAGAAGGAGCAGCAGCAGGUACCAGGACAAGCGGGGAGGGUUUAGAGAAUAUUCUUAUGGUAUGGCAGCUCCCGCUCACAGUGUGACAUGGAAAAUAUACGGCAAGGCGGGGUGUAUUUAUAGAUGUCUACCCAGCUUAGCCUUGAAUCACUUGUUCCAGAGAUUCAAGGCAUUUGAAUAUAUGAUGAGAAGGUGUUGCCACUGUGACACAGCUUGACAUCGUUUGAUUUAGCCCGUGGUGGAGGCUAAGACGUGUUGUUUAUUAGAGGUACUGUCACCCCAUAGGCCGCUUUGAAUGUUCAGGAUUGUGCGUCAUCAUCUUCCCAGCAGAGGCCACCUCAGAUUAGUUCCGCGUGAUCGUUUUGAUCUGGUUCCUCCUCCUGCCUUAGUUAAGACUGACAUGCCUCAUUUUAACCUCAUCACUGCUGCGCGUGCUCUGCAACGUUUAUUUUAUGCGAGGGACUUCUGCGCGAGCGCCCGUGGACAGCGCGCCUUUGAGAGGCAGCCUUUGUUGAAUCUGCCAUGCUCUGCAGAGUUAGAGAUGGACAUCUUUUAUCUGAUCCUGUGGGAGAGAUCCCAUCUGUUUAGAGCUGAAAGCUGGGGACUUCCACCGCAUCACAAAGCACAUUAGCAUCACUUUAUUAGCUUUGCCAACCUUUCUGUCAUCCCAUACAAUGUGAAUGUGCGAUAGCUUCUAUUGUGGCUCAAAAUUGAAACUGUGCUCUCUUGUUAAAAAAAAAAUCAUUUUUCCUGUUUUGGUGCAGCUAUUGCAAAAAUGAUUUUUGGUUAAAAAAAUCGAGUUGCUUCCAAGAGUUUACCAUGACUUUUUUUUGAGGAGGGUCAUAUUAGUGAUGGGCUAAAACUAAUUUGGAAAACAAAACAUGAGAGUCAAAAAUAUAAUUGCUCUACAAUACAGAAUUGACAUUUGUGCUGCAGAAAUCUUGUAAUUAUUACAGAGUCAUUUGAGGAAAAGGAACUUCUUGGUGCCACAUCAUCUUGCCUGAGCACUGUAAAUGCCAGAUAUCUCUUUCAUUAUUCUCUUUCAUUAUCAUCUAUCAGCUAGAUAAAACAAAUGUGCACACAGGGUUGUUCAUAAAUAACUCACAUUAGCUGUAAACUCCAGUUACACAUCAAAAGCAAAACUCGAUAAACGAGUGAUGAAAUAAAAGUGCUGCAGCCAUCCAAA